CCCGGACCCAGCACGGGCAGGGCUGGGGCGGCCGGGGCCGAGGGAGGGAAGGGCUGCCCCGGGAGGGUCUCUGUGAAGCUGCGGUUCGUCCCUCUAUACCGCGCCGCUCUGCAAUCUGAAGCCGUCCUUUUAAAGCAGGGCUUGCCUUUCUAUUUUUUUUUUUCCUGUGUUGAGCUAUUUCCCUAACUACCAUUCAGAUUUCUUUUUUUUUCUUUAACUUCGUAAUGCUUUCAAUCCCAAAGAUGUCUUAAAAGUUACAAAAUAGCGGUUUUUUUAGUUUUUGGGGUUUUUAAGAUGAAGAGGAGUUUUUUCCUACGUACUUCAAACUCAGAGAAUGCUGCCCCUUACUGUGACUCAAAACAGCUCUAAACUACCUGCUCUUAUGGCAGAUUAGAUUUUAAACAAUCUUUUACUCUUGUAUGUGACAAUCCAAGUGUCUAAAUAUUUAUAUUUUGAUAUGUGACUAAGCGGCAAUACUGCAAAGUAAUCCAAAAAGCAGCACAACAGUUUUGUCUCAAAUUGUGCUAAACCAAAUCCACCAAGGAUCAAGUCUAUUUUGAGCAGUACUGUGGAAGAUUUUAGGCUUAAAAAUUCCACUCCGUACUCCCAAUUGGUUGGUAAAAUAUGAGGCUGAAGAUUACCUGUUUCUAUUCAGACCUUAAUUUUAUUAAAAACAAGUUAUAGCUUUUCUUUGGUCUACAUGCAUCAUUUUAUUAAUCUUCUGAAUUUUUCUAUUAUUGACUUUUCAUUAACUGAUGUUUAUGAUUUUACAGAUAAUGUGAAAUCACUACAGUAGAACUAAUUCUAAAUUAAAGCUUGACUUGCAAUUUCAUUUUUUAAAUAAAAAAAUAACUUUCCCCUUUUAAUGUGGUGUAGGUAAUAAUUAUUUUUUUAAAGUCUACAAGUAAAACACAAGUCCAUUAGUGAAAUUGCAGAUGAUCUCGUGAUUUAAGUAUCUCUUUAAAAUUACUUAUUUUACAACAGAGGAAAUAUUUCUGGAAAGGUGAAAUUAGCUAAAGCUUGAAAAGUCAGUUUUGUUUUAGAAAAUAUGAAAGCUGGGCUCUGUGCAAUAGAAGGCAAAGUGAAAGUCUUGUGACGUUUUACAAAAAUGCACAUACUUAAACACAGUAAACACUGAAGGAAACACUUUUAGGAGUGUAUUUUUGUACUUUAAGGGUGAAAGUUUAUGUUUGAGGAUGAUUAGAAGUUAAGUAGUCCUUUUAGGGUUUGUUUUUUAUCCCAGCUCUCUUUUGCUUCUGCUUUUAAAACUCAGAAAAUGUCUGAAAUUAAGCAAAGGAAAAAAGGUAUUUCUUCAUCUAAGACCAAUGAAGGUUCACAAAAUGUUGAGAAGCACAGUAUUUAUGGGAAGCUGGCAAAUCCCAGGACCAGCAAUAAUCAGAGUUCCUUUUGGAUGGACUCACGGACAAGCUUGACCAUAAUUUGCCUUGCUGUUUGCCUGGUGGUGACCUGGUUUCUGUUUCAGCAGUCAGUUCAAUUUACUGAUAUGGAAAGAAAGUACAAUUUCUUACAGCAAGAAGCUGAAAAAAUCCUGGAUGUGGAAAAUAAAGUAAACUUAAUUUCUGAAAAGUGUGAAAAGACUUGGAACUUAAUGGAACAGCUGGAAGAUCUUGAAAUAAUUUCUCACAUUAAACAUCUGCAGGAAGAUAUUUAUACAAUGAAAACAUGGUCUAGCAGCAUAAUUAGAAAACAAGAAGAGCUGCAGAAGAAUUUAACAAGUCUUUAUCAUGCAGUUUCAAGCAUUGAACAGAAUGCAGCUUCUGUAGCAAAAAACAUAACAUUGACAAUCGUGACAGUAAAAACUGACAUAAGGCGCAUUUCAGGCCUAGUCUCAGAAAUGACUGCACUGACAGAUUCUUUGCAAGCACUAGAAGAUAAAGUAGAAAAAGGUGAAAAGGCGACAGUAAAAAAUAUAGGUGACCUCCUAACCAGUAGCAUUGACCGAAGUACAAAAAUACAAAGUUUGGCAUCCAGUAAUGCAAGAAAAAUCGAGGAAAUGAAGAUGGCAUUGUCGGAGUUAAGGAGUGAUUUUAACAAGCACUCAGAUAGACUUUUGAAUCUUGAAGGUGAUAGAGCAAAAGUUCUGAAGACGGUUACAUUUGCAAAUGAUUUAAAACCCAAGAUGUACAAAGUUAAAAAGGAGUUUGCUGUCUUGGAGCCAUUAAUAAAUGACCUAACAUUGAGAAUAGGAAGAUUAGUGGAAGAGGUACUACGACGGGAGAAGGAAAUUGCUUUACUGAAUGAGAAAUUGACCAAUCUAACAAGAGUUCAAACUGAGAUCAAGGAUGUGAAAGAUGAAAUAACCAAGAUCUCAGACAUGAACUGAUCACUGAAAGGCCACUGCCUAAAGAACAGUGUUUGAGGAGUUGUUAACUCCAUCACAUGUAGUACUAAGAAGACAGACAAUAUUUAAAGGCUUCACUUAGAAGCACACUGAAACUUGAGGUUUGUCCUAUUCCUUUGAAAAGGACAGGAAAAAGUCAUACUGAUUUCAAGUGAGAAGUUAUAAUGUGAGCAAGAACCGUAUCUCUCUGCAUAUAUUUGUUUUUCUGAAGAAUGACAAAUUUAGUAAAUUGCUUGUUUUGUACAAUAAAGCAGUGUUAAGACACAAAAUUAUGUUCUUAGGUGUUUGCUUUCAUGAAGAAAGCAGGACACAAGACUGACAGAUGUCAGUUUUCCUUUCCUGCUCCAAAGAAAAGGAAAUAAAAUUGUGGCUUCCAGUGAAACAAGAGUUAGUCAAACAGCAAUUUGUCUCCAUAUAUUCAGUCUAUGAUUUUUGUAAACUAAAGUGGUUUCUUUAUUAAUAACAUUUAAUGAGGUAAAAGCAGUGAAGCAAGCAAUGCCCAAAAAUAUUGCUGAUGCCUUGCAAAAAGUUCCUUACACAAUUAGACAGAGUAACUUGUAUAAGGUUUUGUGUGAGGCUUUAUAAUUGUAAAUCGUAAUUACUGUGCAGCACCGUUCAUCUUUAAAAUGCAGAACUCUCUAUAGGGACAAUGCUCUGAAAGACCUACUAACCCUGCUGAUGGCUUUAUCCCAGUGUCACAGUGUCUGUUCAGGAAUCCUAACAGUGUUAUUCAUUCAUUAUUUCUUAGUUUGCAAAAUACUGUGGUGAGCAGCAGAAUUGCAAAGAGAAGCUACUUAAUCCCAAAAGGCUAGACUGGUCUAAGCCACUGGCAGUAUUUCUGUGCUGAAGAACAAGAGAUCUGGGACAUCUGAAAAUGUAGGCAGUAGACUGAAGUAACAACAUAGUGAGAAUGGGUUUAGCAGAUGAAGGCUGGGGGAUGGAAGUGCAUUAAACAGGAAUAAAAAUUACUAUAAAAACCCAUUAGGAACAAUACAGCAACUCAGAAAAUCCCUGUAAAUUGAAUUAUAUCAAGAAGUGCAUGUAUAUGGUAAGGCCUUUAUAACUUCUCAAUUAUUUAGUUGGUCAUACCUGAACAUCUUGCAGCUACUAGACUCUUGAUUGAAUGAAAGAUAAAACCUUUCCUCUCCCUCACCAUUCUCAUCUUCAUUCAGCAUUCCAUGUCUUUUGGUCAGCUUCAUAUUGCUGGUCUUCCCUACCCCUUCAUCACCCUCAGUCAACCUCAAAUACUUUGUUUAAAAUCUUCCUCUUUUUGGUAAAAGUCUAUUGCUCCCUCGCAUUUUUUUUUCCCCCUUUCCAGUCCACCUGACAGGCCACAAAAAUACAUCUGUCAUGCGUCCACAAUGCUUUCACAUCCCUUUAGCAACUUCUGUCCCUUUGCUCUUUCUCACAAUUCUUAAGUGAUCCCCUAAAAAUAACCCAUUGGCGUUUAAAGGAGACAGAAAAAUCAACAGCCAGAAUGGUCAGCCAUGCUAAAGAAUGUGUUGUGUAUACCUCAAAAAAUAUAUAUGCACAUACACCAUAAGGGUUUGAGGAUUACAUAAUAAAUGU